AUGGGGGCGGCAGACCUUGUCCUUUUGCGCCACGUGGCGGCCAGCCAGGGGCUGAUGCUGGAGAGCACGGCAGAGGGGCUGAUGCAGCCCGGUGGGGCGCACUGGGGGUGUCCGGAUAAGGAGCCGAGCGUGAGACUGGCAACGAUUGAGGCUGCUGGUGAGUUGGUGGAAGUGGGUGCUGCCCGUAUACCCUUUACAAACGGUCUCCUUGUGGGCAUAGGCGAGUCAAGAGCCGACAGAAUUAGGGACCUGCUAACCCUACGAGACCUACACUCCCGCUACGGGCACAUACAGGAGAUGAUCAUUCAGCCGUUCAGGGCCAAGGAGCAGACGAGGAUGGAGGGUGCUGCCCGCAUACCCUCUACAAGCGGUCUCCUUGUGGCCAUAGGCGGGACAGGAGCCGACAGACUAAGGGACCGGCUAACCCUGCGGGUCCUUCACUCCCGCUACGGGCACAUACAGGAGAUGAUCAUUCAGCCGUUCAGAGCCAAGGAGCAGACGAGGAUGGAGGGUGAUCAUGCAGCCAUCUCCUCCCCUCACAUACAGGAGAUGAUCAUGCAGCCAGUUUCUUCCUUGACCUUCUCACUCACCUCAGACUCUCUUCUCACUCCUUCCUUACCCCAGCCAUUCAGAGCCAAGGGGCAGACGAGGAUGGGCGGGUGGGGGCAUGCAGAGGCAGAGGAGCUGCUGUGGAGCGUGGCGGUGGCGAGAAUCGUGUUCGGGGCUCAUAUGAGCAUCCAGUCUCCACCCAACCUGAGUGUGGGGGACGUGGCUCAGAGUGCUCUCAUAGCAGCGGGGAUCAACGACUGGGGAGGGAUCUCGCCAGUCACCGUUGACUGGGUCAACCCCGAGGUCAAACCCCCUUCCAAUUUCCCUCUUCCUCCAUCCAUGAUCUCCCACCCUUCCUCUACCUCUCCCACCUUCCCACCAUCCAUCCUCCCCCCAAUUAUCCCGGUUCCGCUUCCCCAGGCGACUUUUGAGUCGACUCAAAAGUCGCUUCCUCUACCUCUCCCACCAUCCAUCCAUCCUCCCCCCAAUUAUCCCGGUUCCGCUUCCCCAGGCCCCGUGGCCCCACAUUCACGAGCUAGCUUCAGUCACUGCAGCUUCUGGGAAGGUUCUCGUGCCUCGCCUGCCAGUCUACCCCAGUUUUCUGUCAUUGCACAACCAGGACACGUGGCUGGUGAGUAUGGUGACACGUGGCUGGACCCCUUGGUCCUUCAGCACGUGCUCCAGCAUUCGGACAGUUCGGGCUAUGCUAGGUGCGAGCAGUGGGCACCUGGGACCCUGCUGCCCCUGCCUCCCGGUGCAGAGGGCUUGCUGGUUGGACCAGCAGCAGCAGCAGCAGCAGCAGAAGGAUCAGCAGCAGUAGGGGACCCUGAAGCAGCAGCAGUCGAAUCAAGGGAGAUCAGCGGGAGAGGAUGUAUAGCUGUAGGUGCAGAUGGGUUGCUGACGGGGACAGAUAGACGUGCCCACGUGGCAGGUGAUGACGUGGAAAGUACACCAAGUGACAAGGCUAUGCGAAUGCAUGACGUGGCACGAGCAAGCGAUGACGUGGCGCGCAUCCUCGAACGAGCUCUGCAGGGACGCACGUUGUCUGAGCAUGCCGUGCGUAUGCCCUCACACCCCAACACCCAACAAGCGGAGAUAGUUCGGCUCUUCUCCGCACGCGGCACUGACUUCCAUGCGGUGUGCCGCGCUGCAGAUGGGUUGAGAGCGGUGGUGAGCGGUGACGAGGUGUCGUACGUGGUGAAUCGCAACAUCAACUACACCAACGUGUGCACCUACGCCUGCCAGUUCUGCGCCUUCAGCAUGUCUCUAGAGGAGAUCAGCAGUCGAGCAAAGGAGGCAUGGGAGAGGGGAGCAACCGAGGGAGGCAUACACCCGGACUUCACAGGGGAGACCUACGUCUCCAUCCUCUCAGCUGUCAAGGCAGCAUGUCCCGACAUGCACGUGCAUGCCUUCUCGCCUCUGGAGGUGUGGCACGGCGCCACCUCUCUCAACUGCAGGUAUGCGUAUGUGACGCGUCUUCCUGACUUCACGGGAGGGACCUACCUCUCCGUUCUAUCGGUUGUCAAGGCAGCAUGUCCCGACAUGCACGUGCAGGCCUUCUCGCCUCUGGAGGUGUGGCAUGGUGCCACCUCUCUCAACUGCAGUGUUCCACACUUCCUCAAGCUCCUGAAGAGUGCGGGACUGGGGUCCCUGCCUGGAACAGCUGCAGAGAUCUUGGACGACUCAGUGCGAGCCGUGCUGUGCCCAGACAAGAUCUCAACCGUCCAAUGGAGGGAGGUGAUCGAGGCCGCUCAUUCUGUCGGCCUCCCCACCACCUCCACCAUCAUGUUCGGCCACGUGGACCAUCCGAUUCACUGGGCUCGUCACCUGCUGCUGCUGCGAUCCAUUCAAGAACGGACAGGUGGCAUCACGGAAUUCGUCCCCCUCCCGUUCGUGCACAUGCAGGCUUUUGAGGCGCCUCAAAAACUGAGAGCAACCUACCACCCCUACCCCCCUUCAGGCGCCAGUGUACCUCAAGGGCAGGAGCAGGCGAGGCCCCACGUUCAGAGAGUGUGUACUGAUGCACGCUGCGCCAGUGUAUCUCAAGGGCAGCAGCAGAAGAGGUCCCACAUUCAGAGAGUGUGUGCUGAUGCAUGCAGUGGGGCGGCUGGUGCUGCAUCCACUCAUUACGAACAUCCAGGCCUCAUGGGUGAAGAUGGGAUUGGAGGGCGUUUCUUGUCUGCUAGCGGCUGGCUGCAAUGA